CAGACCUCGCCCCUUCUCCAAGUAGCCAAGAGAAACAACGGCCGUACAUUUACAGAGCUGUCGUCGGCCAAACAUAUGGCAAAAAUAGACCUUGUUCUUUCUUUUUAAUGUGGUGUGUACUACAUUUUAAAAAUUCCGCCGAAAAAGAGAAGACGAUUUUCCGAAACAUUUUCGCCGUUAUCUCACGGCUCCCUCUUCUCUUUACAGGUGUAUAACUGCUACCCAGAAGGCCUAGGGGCGUCCCUUUACCGGGAGCGCUUUGACUUCAACGCUGAGCCGCCUUGGGAUCCUAGCUGAUAGCGGGACACGGCCUUCUACAGACUUGUCCAUGACCCAUGGCUCAGUCGCGACUGACUACUUGACUACUACUUCUUUAUGAUUGUCUGCUGAAUACGGUUGAGAUGAAAGGACUCGCUGACGAACCAAACCACAUGAUUGAACUCCUGGAGGGAGGAACCACCCUGGAAGAUGUCAUUGACGGGCAUGUUUACGAACAAGCUCUGGCUGAAAAGAGUGUGUUUGUAGUGUCUGACCUUGGGUCCCUAAUGAGACAGCAUGUCCAGUGGCAGCUCACCAUGCCCCAGAUCAGGCCCUACUACCAGGUCCAAUCCAACAGCAGCCCGGUUGUCAUCGAGGUCCUGGCCUCUCUCGGCCUCGGCUUCGUCUGUGCUGACAAGGCUGAAGUCAGUCUGGUGUUGGACCACGGCGUGCCCCCUGACAACAUCAUCUUCUCUGGAGUUUGCAAACAGCUGUCCCACAUCAAACACGCAGCCAAGAAUGGCGUCGACCUCUUGGUGUGCGACAGCGAGACGGAACUCUACAAGAUAGCCCGUUCUCACCCCAAAGCCAGGCUGCUGGUUCAGGUAACUACAUGGGCCCAGGCAGCAGAGACCAGCAUGGAGUUUGGCUGCUCUCUGAAGAGCUGUAGACACCUGCUGGAGGCUGCCAAGGACCUGGGGGUGCAGGUGGUGGGAGUUACGUUUCACAUUCCCAGCUCCUGCAAGGACCUGCAGGCCUACACCCACGCGCUGUCGGAUGCCCGCUGUGUGUUUGACAUGGGGGCGGAGUUGGGGUUCAACAUGAGCAUCCUGGACAUUGGUGGUGGAUUCUCUGGCUCAGAGUUUCAGCUCAAACAGGUUCAUACCACCGUCAGACUGCUGCUGGAUGCCUACUUCCCCACUCUGUCUGGAGUGCAGGUCAUCGCUCAGCCUGGUAGCUACUACGUCUCCUCUGCCUUCACUCUGGCUGUCAAUGUCAUCGGCAAGAAGGUUGUGGCCCGGGACUGGAACGGCCUUGCUCAGGAUGAGCUGACCCCAGAUGACGAGCCAGAGUUCCUGUACUACCUGAACGAUGGCGUCUACGGGUCUUUCUCCAGCAAGCUGCUAGGAAGCACCAUCCCUGCCCCGGCUGUGCACAAGAGGGGGUCUAGGGCUGAGGAACCAGUGUUCUCCAGCAGCCUGUGGGGUCCAUCAUGUGACAGCCUAGACCAGCUGGUAGACCACUGCCUGCUGCCUGAGCUCAGCCCUGGAGACUGGCUGGUCUUUAACAACAUGGGGGCUGCUGGUCUGGGGGACCUCUCCUCCUUCAGUGACCGCUCAGCCAUCAGACCACCUGUCUACUACACUGUCUCCACUGCUGACUGGUACAACAUACAGGAGGCUGGGAUAGCUGUGGACAGCAUCAUGAAGAACUUCUCCAUGGUCCAGUACGGUGCAUAGCUCUGCUCUGUCCCUCUGCUCUGUCCCUCCCUCUCCGUUGUGACAUCCGAGAGAGAUCUCCUUACCCUGGGCUUUUAGUGGUCAACAUUCCAACGGCCUUGGAAAACGCAGUGGUCAACAUUCCAGGAAGGUUGAAAUAGACUUGUGAUUUCCUGGGAACAGAAAACGAUUUAUUGGUGACCCAUACCUCCAAUUCUCAAUUUGUUUUUGGAAAAAAAGAUAGAUCAACACGUUUAUCCCUCUUCCUACUCGCCCCUCAGACAGAAAACAACACGUUUAUCCCUCUUCCUACUCGCCCCUCAGAUAGAAAACAACACGUUUAUCCCUCUUCCUACUCGCCCCUCAGAUAGAAAACAACACGUUUAUCCCUCUUCCUACUCGCCCCUCAGAUAGAAAACAACACGUUUAUCCCUCUUCCUACUCGCCCCUCAGAUAGAAAACAACACGUUUAUCCCUCUUCCUACUCGCCCCUCAGAUAGAAAACAACACGUUUAUCCCUCUUCCUACUCGCCCCUCAGAUAGAAAACAACACGUUUAUCCCUCUUCCUACUCGCCCCUCAGAUAGAAAACAACACGUUUAUCCCUCUUCCUACUCGCCCCUCAGACAGAAAACGACACGUUUAUCCCUCUUCCUACUCGCCCCUCAGACAGAAAACGACACGUUUAUCCCUCUUCCUACUCGCCCCUCAGACAGAAAACA